UAUCCUGAUUAUUGGAUGUAUGUUACAUACCAAGGCCACCCCCAGCUUGUAUCAGCACAUCAGUUUGUGUGGAAGCAGAUGAGUGACAGUUGCUUCAGGAACCUUGCCGAGGAUCGUAGUGGGAUAAACCUUAAAGAUCUGGUCCAGGACCCUUCUUUAUUGGGUGGGACUAUAUCUGCAUACAAGAUAGUGCCAGAUGAAAUAGAAGAAAUCAAGGAGACGCUGAUAGAUUGGUGUGAUGAAAAGGAACUUAAUUUGAUUUUAACAACUGGAGGAACAGGGUUUGCGCCACGAGAUGUCACCCCAGAGAAAUUCCCAACAUUCCCAUUAUGUGGGCUCCAGAGAGGGGCCACUAAAGAAGUAAUAGAGCGAGAAGCCCCGGGGAUGGCCCUUGCAAUGCUGAUGGGAUCACUUAAUGUAACUCCUCUGGGCAUGCUCUCUAGACCUGUAUGUGGAAUCAGAGGGAAAACUCUCAUAAUUAAUCUGCCAGGUAGCAAGAAAGGGUCACAGGAAUGCUUUCAGUUUAUACUGCCAGCCCUACCUCAUGCCAUUGAUCUUUUGCGGGACGCCAUUGUAAAAGUAAAGGAGGUACACGAUGAGCUAGAAGAUCUACCUUCACCACCACCUCCUCUUUCUCCUCCUCCAACCACCAGCCCUCACAAGCAGACAGAGGACAAAGGAGUACAGUGUGAGGAAGAGGAGGAAGAGAAGAAGGAUAGUGGAGUUGCAUCAACAGAGGACAGUUCCUCUUCACAUAUAACUGCAGCAGCCAUUGCAGCUAAGAAACAUCCAUCCUACACCAGUUCAGCAGUUAUUAUGGCAAAAGGUGAACAGCCCAUUCCUGGUCUCAUCAGUUAUUGCCAUCAUGCAGCAGGCAGUGCAGAAGAACCGAUUCCAGAUUCCAUUAUUUCUCGUGGUGUUCAGGUGCUCCCACGUGAUACAGCUUCCCUCAGCACUACCCCUUCAGAAUCUCCUCGUGCCCAGGCCACCUCUCGUCUCUCCACUGCAUCCUGCCCAACACCAAAACAAAUUAGACGGCCGGAUGAAAGCAAAGGAGUUGCUAGUAGAGUUGGAUCCCUCAAAGCUCGGCUCCCUUCGUGCUCAUCCACCUAUAGUGUUUCUGAGGUCCAGUCUAGGUGCAGCAGCAAGGAGAACAUCCUCCGAGCAAGUCACAGUGCUGUUGACAUUACCAAGGUAGCAAGAAGACACCGCAUGUCUCCGUUCCCAUUAACAUCUAUGGACAAGGCCUUCAUCACAGUUCUGGAGAUGACCCCAGUGCUUGGAACAGAAAUCAUUAAUUACAGAGAUGGAAUGGGCCGAGUCCUUGCUCAAGAUGUAUAUGCAAAAGAUAAUCUACCACCAUUUCCAGCAUCUGUAAAAGAUGGCUAUGCUGUCAGAGCUGCAGAUGGUCCAGGGGAUCGAUUCAUCAUUGGGGAAUCCCAGGCUGGAGAGCAGCCGACUCAAACUGUGAUGCCAGGUCAGGUAAUGCGAGUUACAACCGGUGCUCCAAUCCCUUGUGGUGCUGAUGCAGUGGUGCAAGUGGAAGAUACAGAACUCAUCAGGGAAUCAGAUGAUGGCACUGAAGAGUUAGAAGUUCGAAUCCUGGUACAAGCCCGACCAGGCCAAGAUAUCAGACCUAUAGGACAUGACAUUAAAAGAGGUGAAUGUGUGCUGGCUAAAGGAACUCACAUGGGUCCAUCUGAGAUUGGUCUCUUAGCCACUGUUGGAGUAACCGAAGUAGAAGUUAACAAGUUUCCAGUGGUUGCAGUCAUGUCCACAGGGAAUGAGCUACUGAAUCCUGAAGAUGAUCUCUUACCAGGAAAGAUUCGAGACAGUAACCGCUCAACUCUCCUAGCUACUAUCCAAGAACAUGGCUAUCCAACAAUCAACUUGGGAAUUGUGGGAGAUAAGAAGCCAGAUGUUUUUAAAGAAGAAGGGACACAGAGCUUCCAGAACUCUGCGGAGACAGGCCUACCAGAUUGCCCAGAUGAUUUACUGAAUGCACUGAAUGAAGGUAUCAGCCGUGCUGAUGUGAUCAUUACAUCAGGAGGCGUGUCUAUGGGAGAAAAGGACUAUCUUAAACAGGUGCUGGAUAUUGAUCUUCAUGCACAGAUUCACUUUGGCAGAGUUUUUAUGAAACCAGGCCUGCCAACAACUUUUGCAACUCUGGAUAUUGAUGGUGUAAGAAAAAUAAUCUUUGCACUCCCAGGUAAUCCUGUGUCAGCUGUUGUCACCUGCAAUCUCUUUGUUGUUCCUGCACUGAGGAAAAUGCAGGGUAUCCUGGAUCCUCGGCCCACCAUUAUCAAAGCCAGGUUAUCAUGUGAUGUAAAAUUGGACCCCCGCCCAGAAUACCAUCGGUGCAUACUGACUUGGCAUCACCAAGAACCACUACCUUGGGCACAGAGUACAGGGAAUCAGAUGAGCAGUCGUCUGAUGAGUAUGCGCAGUGCCAAUGGACUGUUGAUGCUACCUCCAAAGACAGAGCAGUAUGUGGAGCUUCACAAGGGGGAGGUGGUGGAUGUCAUGGUCAUUGGAAGGCUAUGAUGUCACCAGCAAGAGCGAAGCUUUGAUGCAUGUCCACAUAUCAUUGACUGUAUCCUGUAAUAUGCAACGGCACAGCUAGUUUUUCUGAUUUGGAUAAAAGUUGAUCAGUAUAGUCAACAUCUUGAAUUAUAUUUCAAAUGGAAUUUAAAUAAAUACCUUUAAAAAAAAAACUUUAAAAAGAAAUCUUAACAAAGAAAUUUAUUCUGAUUAUAUCAAAGCAACUUUUUCCUUUCCUUGCAAUUGCUUUGUGUGUUCAAUGCUAGUUCUAAUAGCGGUAGCUUUUAGUAGACAGCAGUAGGUGCCUGCAGAACUUGUGUUUUUCUCAUCUUUAAGAUACAACUACUUAUGCUCUUAAAACAAGGCUGUCUGCUUAUUUAUACUAGCGUAGACAACACUUGGAUUUCCCUUCUCAGUAUGCUUCAUAACCGCUUCACAGAGAGCUUCUGCUUGUUCUUUAUCUUGUAUCUCGUGUUGAUGUGCACAGUGCCAAAAGCAGAGUGGCUGCACUGGGAACCCAAUGAAGCCCCGAGGUUUCCUCACCUCGCUGUGCGUUCAGGAAUCUCUUUUGUCCCAGCAGCCACCCAGCUCAGUACUCUUGGGCAGUAACUGGAUACCUUUUAUUUCAGCAAUCAAAAAAUUGCUUCCUUAAGUGCUGACAGCCUUUUUAACCAAUACAUUUAAAAAUGUACAGAACUAAAAACAAAAAAAAAUCAAAGACUGAUCUUGUACAGAUAUUAGUGUUACCAGCAUUCGUGUGGAAAUUAAAUGAGCAAAGAAAUAAAACUGAUGUUAAACAACUCUGUACCAUAACAUUUUCUGUAAUGAUACUGAAACUUAAAUGAAUAAAAAAAUCCUCAAUCAUUAUUUAAAAUUUCAA